AUGACCAGUUCAUUCCAAAUCAUAUCUACCCUUCGCUACGAUCCCGCGCUUCCGGAUGUGCUCAGCUAUCCCGAUUCCCUACGCACGCCAUAUUACCUUCUACCGUACCAUCAAGACCGACUCCUCCGGGCAGCGCAAUGUUUCAAAUGGCAAGCGGCGAUAGACUUCCUUGAGAGAGACGCAGACCAGUUCCUGAAAUUUCUCGACUCGUUCAUCCCAGACCAGACGAAACCAUGGCGUCUACGGAUCGUGAUUGACCAACAUGGAGUCGGUACGGUGGAGGCCACUCCAACGCCGACAAUUGAUCCCUCGGGCCUACUUAUUCCUUCCGAAACGCACUCCUCGUCAUCAUCGGCCCCAUGGCGCGUCUAUAUAGACACGAAACCUACCAAACCCUCAGCGUUCACCACACACAAGACCACCGCGCGGGAAGACUACACAUCCGCACGCGUUCGAUCGGGGAUUCUCUCUCCACAGGAGCAGGCUGAGGUGCUCGUCGUGAACCCAGAGGGUGAAAUAAUGGAAGGAAGCAUCACAACGCCGUAUUUCCGGCGCAGGAACCAUGUCCGCACGGAUCAAGCGACCGGGCCGGACUGGAUCACACCACCUCUCUCCAGCGGUGGCAAUGCGGGCACGACAAGACGCUACGCGUUGGCUCAGGGGUUUUGCACAGAGCAGAUUAUUCGAGCUGCGGAUUUGGUUGACGGCGAGGAUUGCUGGCUCAGUAAUGGGGCUCGAGGUUUCAUUUGUGGGAGAGUCGUGCUUAACGGGAGCCUUCAUAGAGAAGAGUAG